UGUGGGUUUCGUUCAGCUACAGACUUACAGUUGUUUACAUAUUUCAGCCGAAAAAUCUUCAGAAGUUCGAUGAAAAAUGUACAGGUUUUUGUCGAGCAAAGUAUUUGCACCUUCGAUAUGGAGUCGAGGGAAAAAUUUUCCUGCAGUUGUACCGUCCUCAUCAUUUCAUGAAAUUAGGAAAAGCGGAUACGAAGACAAAAACAGAAAGAAAGUUUCUGCACGACAGGCGAUACGUGAUGGUUUAAAAGAAUUGAAACAAGAGAUAAAAAAUUGGACGGAAGAAGUCAAAGAAGGAUAUACCUUUGAUCCCAUCAUGGGAAUGCCUCUUCCUGGGGAAGUUGAUGUACAGUGGUGUUUCAAUGAAAGUACAGAUUUUGAAAACUGGGUUGUAACAUCUGACAGUGAUCAUAAUGAAGGGUACAGUACAUCUACCUUAUGUGUAAGUCCGACAGGUAAAGGACUCUUUUCUGGUAAUCUUUCAACACAACUAGUCAGAGAUGGAAAAGUUAAAAAAGCUGGCUAUUGCAAUUUGAAAUCCAUCCGACCUCAAAAAUCAUUCAAACGGGAUUCUUUCCAUGAUUGGAGUGGCUAUACACACCUUGUUAUGAGAGUGAGGGGUGAUGGAAGAAGUUACAUGAUAACCCUAGGAACCGCCGGCUAUUUUGAUGUUAAUUGGAACGAUCAGUUCCAUUUUGCCCUCUAUACACGAGGUGGUCCUCAUUGGCAAAUCUCUAAAAUACCCUUCUCGAAAUUCUAUAUGACUAGUAAAGGGCGCAUUCAAGACGUACAGGAACCCGUGCCGCUAAAUAGAAUCACAAGUUUUGGAAUUACUGCUUGCGAUAAGAACAACGGCCCAUUCAGGUUGGAGAUUGACUAUGUGGGGCUUGAACUGGAUCCCUCUCACAAAGAAACUUCUGCUUAUGAGCAGUAUAAAGUGCCGUAUUUUUAUGCAGAUAACUUUAAUCUACGAAUGGGAACGCCACGAUUGGUAAAUUCCCAGCCAUGGCUAAUGCGACCCGUUGCCAACCUGAAUUACUUUCCGAAUAAUUUCAACAAUCAAACGGGCUAUGGAUACGUCCAACAGUACUCUGCUGCUGGUGUCAAUUAUCGGGCCCCUGUAUAUCAGAAUGUCCAUCAGCACCUUUCACAGGAGGAUUAUCAGCAACCAUAUGGUACUCAGUUAGUUAACUACAUGGAGAUACAGGAUUCAGCACAAUUGCAAAACUCUCAAUGGUCGCAGUCAGAUUAUUUUCAGUAUCUCGAGGAAAGGGCCAGUCGUCCACAAGUGCAUUCCGAGUCCAGCCACCAACCCUUGUCCAACCAGAUUGAUCAUUCUGCAAGAUUUUUACAAAGGACUGGAGCCAUUGCACCACCAUUUAUCCGUCAACCGAAAGUUACAGCUCAUAACAAAUACAACUCCAAUACCUUUGGCUCGACAUCAGGUGGCUACCGUCAACAAACUCAAAAUCGUUCACAAAACGCUAAAGUCCCUCGUAAGCAGAAUCAGCCAAUGGCCAUGUUACCCCCACCGAAGCCAGUUCAUCGUCGUGCAGAUCAGCCCGUGCAAAACUCAACAAAGAAGCAAAAAACUUGCAUGGGAUCACGAAUGGAAACCCAACAAAAAGCUCAAACGAAACCAAAUCAGCUGAAGCAGAACGACAACAAGACACAGCCGACACAACAGAGCAUCAUUACUAAGAAAGAGCUGUAUUUGCAUGUGGGUAAAGUUGAACGCGAUCGUGCGUUGGUUGGAACUAUCCCACAACUGUUUAAGUGGCGUUCGGCUCGGCACAAAUUCCCGCCAAUAUACGAGACUGUUGGAACAAUUGACGGAAGGCAGAACGUGAUAGACAAAAAACAAAAAAUUGAAGAUCAAUUUGUCGUCCGCAACAUGAAGCAGUGGAAUACUGGCUCAUCGAUGAAAGAGCUGAUCGAGUGUGUCGUGUAUUCAUCCGUUCAUCGCCAGGCAAAAUUCUCUGUUGGGACGUGCGUCAGGAUUGUCGGUCGGUACAUUCCGGACAGUGAAAUGUUUCAUUGCCUUAAGAUCCGGCAAGCCACUGAAAGUGAUUUGAACCGUUUGACAUGCAUAGUCAAAAGCUUGGCUGCCAGGUCAGUCUACGUGGACUCUCUUUCGUCAAUUCCAAUGACAUCCGCUGAAAAUUACAAAGAACCAGAAGAAUCUACGAAUGACGUACCUCCAGUUUCUGUGGCUGAAUCGGAUUUCCUGUUCCAGCCUUACUGAAAAAAUAUCCCCAUAGAGGUUCGAAA